AAGAUACGUGUAAACGUUCACCCCCUGUCUCAUUGUGGUAGAUUCUUUCUCUAACCAGUCCUCCUGACUUGAUAUAAAGCUACAGCUCUCUUGGUCUACUCAUCCCUUCCUUCCUUCUUGUUCAAAUGGCCGCCUCUACAGGAACCUUGGACACCGCAAAUUUCUCAUUUUCUCCUACUUCGUUCAUGUCUACUACUUCCUUCACCGACCUUCUUGCAUCUGAUGGCUACUCCAUGGCCACCAGCACUGGUAUGGCAGCAGAAAGCAGAGGACUUGGUGAUCGAAUUGCUGAGAGAACGGGGUCUGGGGUACCUAAGUUUAAGUCACUUCCUCCCCCUUCUCUGCCCAUUUCUCCGCCCCCUGUUUCUCCUUCUUCUUACUUUGCUAUUCCCCCUGGCUUGAGCCCAACUGAGCUCUUGGACUCUCCAGUUCUCCUCUCUGGUUCUAGCGUACUUCCAUCUCCAACGACAGGGUCAUUUCCAUUUCAAGCCUUCAAUUGGAAGAGCAAUUCCUACAAUUCGCAGCAGGGUAUCAAGCAAGAACAAAAGAACUACCAGGACUUCUCUUUCCAGCCCCAGGCAGCUGUCUCUAGGCCACAGACCAACACAAUUCCUGAGGGACAAAUGCAGCAACCUUGGAACUAUCAAGAACCCGCCAAGCAGGAUGACCCUACCGUAAAAUCUGAUGUCACUUCUAUGCAAAGUUUUUCUCCUGAAAUUGGCAACAUCCAGGCCAAUUCUCAAGGAAACGGCGGAUUUCAGUCGGAGUAUAACAACUAUAACCAAUCUUCACAGACUUUAAGUGAACGGAGAAGGUCGGAGGAUGGUUACAAUUGGAGGAAGUAUGGGCAGAAGCAAGUUAAAGGGAGCGAAAAUCCGCGAAGCUAUUAUAAGUGCACGUAUCCCAAUUGCCCUACUAAGAAGAAGGUUGAGAGAUCUUUAGAUGGACAAAUAACUGAAAUAGUUUAUAAAGGAAACCAUAACCAUCCCAAGCCUCAAUCUACUAGACGAUCAUCGGCUUCCUCAACAGCCUGCUCAGUUGUCAUCCAACCUUACAGUUCUCAAUCUAAUGAUGUACCUGAUCAAUCCUAUGCCUCCACUGGAAAUGGACAGAUGGAUUCUGUUGCAACACCAGAGAAUUCAUCCAUAUCGAUCGGGGAUGAUGAUUUUGAGCAGAGCUCUAAGAGCAAAUCAGGUGGAGAUGAAUUUGAUGAUGAUGAACCUGAUGCUAAAAGAUGGAAGACGGAGAGUGAAAGUGAAGGAAUUUCAGCUCCAGGGAGCAGGACUGUGAGAGAACCUAGAGUUGUUGUUCAAACCACUAGUGAUAUUGAUAUUCUUGAUGAUGGAUAUAGAUGGAGAAAGUAUGGUCAGAAGGUGGUGAAAGGAAAUCCCAAUCCAAGGAGCUACUACAAGUGCACCAAUCCAGGUUGUCCUGUUAGGAAACAUGUAGAAAGAGCCUCACACGAUCUGAGGGCGGUGAUAACAACAUACGAGGGCAAGCACAACCACGACGUGCCUGCUGCUCGUGGUAGUGGUAGCAAUUCAGCCAACAGGCCUGUGCCUAGCAGCAAUGCACACAUGGCCGUAAGGCCUUCAGUAAUGUCUCAUCAAUCUAACUAUCCAAUUCCAGUUCGAAGCUUUAGGGCACCACCACCUGAAGGGCAACAAGCUCCAUAUACUCUAAAAAUGUUGCAGGAUCCAGCUGGGAAUUAUGGCUUUGGGAAUUCAAUGGGAUCUUACCUGAACGUGCCCCAAGCAAAUACCUUCUCUAGAGCGAAAGAUGAGCCAAGGGAUGAUAUGUUUCUUGAGUCAUUGCUGUGUUGAAUUGAAUGGGGUAGAAAAGGCAAAAGCUUUGCCUUUUGGGAUAGGCUAAAAGACAUUUUGCUGCUGCAAUAAGACGGGUCUAAAUUCAUUUGUUCAUUUUGUGGGUUGGUUUGUUUGUUUGUUUUGAUGUACAUUAUUACCCCACAGGGAUUUUGUAUAUUCAGUAAGUAUAUGGUACAGAAGUUCCUCAGAUUCUUGUUCCCUUGCUCAAAAACAGCCCAAGUUGUCACCCCCACAUGACACAGUCAAUUCUUUACUACUAUUUUUGCCCU